AUGAAAGACAAAUUAAACUGUUGCACACAAUUAAAGGGAUUUUUAGCAAAAAUAUUUUUUUGUGCAAAAAGCGAUAACUCAGACACCCAGGCAGUCAGAGAAGUCCAGUCUAUGUCGAUUUUAAAUGGAAUCAGUUUUAACCUGUCAAGCCAGCCUCUUUCUAAUGAAAAUGACAAUGAAAACAAAGAUAAAGAAAAUGCUUUAGAUUUAUCACAAAUUUCUAUAGAAGAUAUCAGUGAAAAAAUCCAGGAAACUGACCGUAGGCACCGCCAUGAGCUGUUUGUAAAAACUUCUUUUGAAUUAAGUGAUGCAGAGCUGUCAGCUGAUUUCUUCAAAGAGAAAGGCAGCAUGAUUUCGUUUGACGCGAGUUCUAUUCAAUCCUGUACAGAUAAAGAAAGUUUUGGGACCGAUUUUCAAAUAAGCUCAAGGGUGCGUACCCCAGCUAUAGAAGCUGUGGCUCCUGAGCUCCGAGAAGUGUCCCCACCAUCAAUCCCACCUGAACCGUUAGCCCAAAACUACGUCCGUAGUGACACCCCAGAAAUUGUAAAAUCUUUAACUCCUUCAUCCGUGAGUGAACAAAAUUUGUUGUUAAAAAAAUUUAAAUAUAUAAUAAUAAAAUUUCAGCUAUUUCUGUUGAUAUAAAUAAUCUAAUUGAGAUUUUUAAAUUUCAAAAAAAAAUUACUAUAAAAUUCAUAUAUAAAUUUUUCAAAAAAAAUCAACCCCCAGCGAUAAAAAAAUUUUUGUUCGGAGGGAUAAGAAAAAUGCCAAAACUACCCCCGUUAACACCUGAGCAUUUUGCGAAAACAAAAAGAAAAUUCAAAAGCGCUUUUAAGUUUAAAAAUGAAAUACAGAGGAGAGAUGGAUCCCAGACAAAUAGAGUUGUUAUAAGUAAAAGAAUUAGUGAUAUGCUUGGUGGAGAGUAUCAGCCGAUUUCAGAUGGAAUGGAGCGUAAGAGCGAUGUUCCGAUCCUUUGUUAA